AACUAAUAGCGCGUCACUGAGAACAUUCUGUCAUAUUGCCAAAACCCUCACUGGCCAAGAACACCAUACGCCAAAAACACCAUAUUUACCGUUCUUGGCUCGUUUCUUCCCUCUACCUUAAGCUUUUUCAAGAUGAGUACCAUGAAAUUUUGCCGCGAGUGCAACAACAUUCUCUACCCUAAGGAGGAUAAGGAACAGAAGAUCCUCCUCUACGCUUGCCGCAACUGUGAUCAUCAGGAAAUUGCCGAAAAUAACUGUGUCUACAGAAAUGAGGUACAUCACUCUGUAGCAGAGCGCACUCAGGUAUUGCAGGAUGUAGCUGCAGAUCCAACACUUCCUCGCACUAAAUCUGUUAAGUGCAGCAUGUGCAACCAUCAGGAAGCUGUCUUCUUCCAGGCAACUGCUAGGGGAGAGGAAGGUAUGACGCUGUUCUUUGUAUGCUGCAACCCAAAUUGUGGGAAUCGAUGGAGAGAUUGAGAGGCAUCUGCAAAUCAGUCAAAAAUUUUAAAGAUGAUGAAUUUAGCUGUCAUGUCUGAGUCUAAUUGAGAUGUUAUGUAGCCCGGUGACCAGACCCCUUCAAUAUUCAUAGACGUGGGUGAUUGAAAAAAAAAAACGAUUUUUUUUAAUCAUUGGCUCCCUAUUUUUGAGUGAUGAUUUUGUUCAAAGCAGUUUGAAACAUAAUUACAAUGACGCCAACGUUUACGGAGGAAAAUAAAGUGGGAUUUCCGCUUUCCCUUGUUUGGAUAUGCAUGGGAGAAUUACCUAUA